AUGAUGGCGACCUUCCGCAGCGUCGUCAUCGGUCAGCCCGAUAUGGCGGCCAUCGUCUUUGGCUACCAGUUCGGCGUCUAUGAGGACGUACGCAAUGUCUUUGUCGCCUGCAACGAGCUACUCGAGUUUGAUGUGCGUCGCCGUUGCUACGACUGGGACGCGUCAUUCUCCUCCACGAUCGCACCCGGUGCCGCGUGGGCAGGUGAAGGACAUCACGAUAUCCGCACCUCGAAGUAUGCUCUCGAUGACUCUCCGUGGGACGCUCGCCUGCCGCUGCACGUGGCAAUCGUCCAUGGCUCUGCGCACGAGGUGAAGCGCAUCGUACGGUGCCGGCCCGACCUCGCCUCUGAAGAUGCGAUUCUCUUGGCCUUCUCACAACAUCGCCUCGAGAUUGUCGAGCUGCUAUUGGACCUACGAGGAGCCAUCCCCGAGCUACGUCGAUGCUGCAAAGUCACGGCAGAUGGCUCUGCGCAGCGCACGUCGUACUCGGUAGGAAGUUUGGUGCAGAGUAUGCUCACCUAUGGCGACACGAAGAGUGUGGUAUUGCUACAGCGCUUUGGCCUGCGCCCUGACGAUGUGACCUACGGCGACAAGCUCCUCGCGAUCGAGUCGUCGACGCUCGAGCACGCAACGCUCGCCCUCGACCUCUUUCCGUGGUUCCACUACCCACAGCUUUUGGGCCAUGUCGCGAACCGCGGCUUUUUGCCGUUGGUGCAAGCGCUCCACGAACGAGGUUUCUCGUGCUCGACGUACGCCAUGGACGCAGCCGCCACCAAUGGUCAUCUGGGCGUCGUCCAGUUCCUCCACAACCACCGCACAGAAGGCUGCACGGUCAAGGCGCUCAAGGGCGCGAUUCUUGAAGGCCAUCUUGACGUCGCUCGUUUCCUCAUCGAGCACCGCACCGAAGGCGCACCGCCCAACUACCUGCACAGCCUUGGCACGUUUGACUGGACCGUCAGCGCCGUCGAUAACGCAGUGGCGGAUGGCAAUCUCCCUGUCGUCCAGUUCCUCUUGACCCACCGACACGAAGGCUGCGCCCGGGACGUCGUCGUUCAAAAAGCGCUCGAGCGAUGUCAUCUGCACGUUGCAGAGUACCUCCUCGCUCUCGGCUACCCGUUCCCGACCUCGAUGCCAUUUGUGGGCGGGUUUUUUUUUGGCAAGCCCUGCAUCCUUGGCGUGCUGCAGCUUUUGGUCAAGCACGGCGCGUCUUGGGACGACGCCUGGAUGCUUGGGCUUGGCUUGGUGCUUUUUGCGGGGGCCCCCGAGCUGCGUCGUCUCGACGAGCUGCUUCAUUCGGCAGUCAAGACCCGCGACAUGGAGGCGGCGCGCUUCUUCCUAUCCGCCGGCAUUGGCAAGCCGCGCGACUGCCUCCUCGAGAUUGCGGGUCGUCGAAUGCACGUGACGACAAGUCCGCUCUUGCUUCCGUAUUGUAUGGACGCCACCAACCCUCUCGACAACGUCCUCUUUCUUCUGGAUCUUGUCGCGCUGCCCGACCGCCGCCGCUCGACAAUUCUCCAGCUCAUCACGCCCGAGCUCACGUACCAAGGCAAGAAGGCCAACCAAACUACCCCGCUUGCACGAGCGUAGCGGCGCGAGCGACGACAUUAC